AGUCACGUGGCGAUUUCCCAAGCGGAGUUUCCACGACAGCUGGAAGACGAGCGGGUAAAAGGCGCAUCGCUUCUUUCCUGAAAUAAUCGGAAAAUAACACGACUUCUGCUCGUCCCAGCUCCUCCAGAUAAACCCUGGUCUGGCAUGGGCGACAAGCGGAGCCCCACAAGGCCGAAGCGUCAACCGAAGCCCUCCUCCGACGAGGGGUUUUGGGACUGCAGCGUGUGCACCUACAAGAACACGGCAGAGGCUUUUAAGUGCAUGAUGUGUGAUGUGAGGAAGGGGACGUCAACAAGGAAGCCUCGUCCCGUCUCCCAGCUCGUCUCCCAGCAGCAAGUAACACAGCAGUUUGUUUUACCAUCACAGCCCAAAAAGGAAAAGAAGGAGAGGGUCGAGAGAGACAAGAGUGAAAGAGAGCCAGCACCCAAGAAGAACAGCCACAAGAAGAUGAGGCCAAGAUUAAAAAAUAUUGACCGGAGCAGCGCCCAGCAUCUGGAGGUGACAGUUGGAGACCUCACGGUCAUCAUAACAGACUUUAAGGAGAAGGCCAAGCCCUCGUCCACAUCCACUCCUUCCUCCAGCUCUGUCUCAUCGGCCGACCAUCACAGCCAAAACGGCUCCGGCUCAGAAAACACGGAAAAGAGCCUCUCCCACUCUUCCCUAUCCAGAGGAGAGGGAAGCUCAGUAAACGGGGAGUCCCUCUGAUUCCCCCCAACACCUCACAGGAAACCUGCGUCUCCAGGGCCCUCUCCAUUGUCACUAGUGGAAAAACUUUUUGGGGCAAGGGGCGAUGUUUUGAAAAUUCUGUUUUUGAAAGGUAAGAUUUGUUGUUCAGCCACCCAAAAGAUUCUCCACAACAUUAAGAAGACAUGUUUUGCUGCACUGACUAAAGUCUGCUGCUAGAAUAUGGACUUCCAAAAAGUUUGGUCCUAAUGAGGAACUUCUUAUUAAAACUUGGGACAAACUUUGGACAGAGCACUCGAUCACCUUGAAUUGAGAUUUAAAGUUUCCUGUAAGAACUGCACAGUCCUACUGUUACCAUGGUCAGCAGCUUCUUCUAUCCCUACCUGGAGAUUUCCUGUUUAAAAACUUAAAGCAUGACCUUUCUCUGUCUCACCAGCGACUCUCGAACCCUACAGCGAACCUUUACAGCUGAUCUGGAAGCUUCUUUCUACCACUACAGCUUAUUGCAAAAUUUCUACAGGAGAUUUGCAUGACUGAACAUGUUAAAGUUGUCUGGCUGAAUGUUGCAAACAAUCUGCUUUUUUCCUCUCUACAGAGAGAGGAAGUCAAUACAAGGUGUUGGGCGGUGGAAUAAAAUAUUAACCCAGGACUCUCUUCACUAGACACAUCAAGACCUAAAGUACAUUUGUACUUUUAAUCUCAGAGUAGAAACAUUCCAUCAGGAUGCCUGUUAUGCUGCCACUUUUGUUUUUUUUUUUUAAACGUUGCUAUAGUUCCAGUAAGAAGUCAACAUCCACUCACAAUCAUGAAUAUCACAUUCAUUUUGGGCCUUGUGAUUAGAAUACAAAUACAAGAUUACAAGAGGCUUUAAGCCAGUAUAGCUUUUGAUUUCAGCAGAAGUCGAAGUAUUUAGAGGUAGUCCUUCUUUUGUGCCAGUCCCACUCACAGCAAAACAUAAGCGGAGCUUCAACAUAAUGCUUCCCCCACCUUUCUUGACAAUUGGUACUGUAUUUUUCCUCCAAACUUACUUCUUGUCACUAUGACUAAAAAGUUUCUUAUUUCUCUAGGACUAUAAAGCUAUCCCAAACACACAUCAAACCUCAUCUUGGAAAGGUUACCUCGACAUUUCUGAAUGGUAACCCCAAAGCCUUAGUAAACAUAUCUAGAUUAAGAUUGAACCUCUACAAUUCACACUUGCCCUUUGAUGAGUGGACGUAAACUUCUCACUGCGGAGCCGGCAUAAAUCACGGGUCAUAGCGAAGGCAUUCCCUGAUGUCAGCCUCUUUCAGCGCCAUGAUGGUCCUUGUGAAUCUUCUGGGGAAUGUGACGAGUGGUCGAGGUGCCGACUCAGCCUCUAUUUCCACUCGUUUUUGGCCAGCUGCCUCCAUCUUGUUGCACUACACCAGUCUAAAACUUUGUCUGUGCUUCCCCCCCCCCUCAACUUUUUCUCUACAAAAGGUAAAUAAACUAUUAACAUUCAUAAUGAUAUACCAGGGAUCCUACUUGUCAAAUUCCCUCAGAUGGAGAUUUAUAUUUAUAGACAUAUUCUAAAGGCUGGAGAUGUGCAAAUAUGCAACAUUUUUGUGCUUUCCUUGAACUGGAGCUCGUUUCAAACCAGGGUUGCUGUUAAAAGUCGCUGAUUGCACAAGAAGAGGACGAUAUCUCAGCUAAGUAUAAAAGGUGGUAAAGUGACUGACUGAAUGCGGCGUAAAUGACUCCGGUUUGCUUCUUGCAACCUGCGUGAGCUGCAGAGAGGGCUCAAGUCCUUGUGAAAAAAGCACAAGAAGCCAAUUUUUACCACUCAGCGCAAGAUGCGGGUGAAAAAUAAGAGUGGACUUCUCGACAUGAACUUUGACAAAGCGAGGACUUCAGAAACUUUAGAAGACAAUAAUCUCCAGCAGAACCACCACAGAUGAACUCCACCAUAACCUCUAAGACCUGUAAAAUAGUUGAACAGAGAAAAUAGCUUUCUAUAAUAUUCUACUACAAUGUUUGGAUGUGGUUAUAUUCAUCAUAUCAGUGUUGUCAAGACUUUUACAUUUUAGCUCACAGCCAGAGAAGUGUCACAGCAUGAUAUUAUUAAAGUCUUGAUAUAUUGUGGAAAAGGCGGCGUCUCUUAGUUGUUAGGACUGUUUCAUGUGUCCGCUGCAUUCACCACUCUAGCUGGGACUAGGUGUGUGAACUCAAAGAUUCAUUUGUGGCAAAAAUGGAAAGAAAUUGCAACUUUAUCACUUAUUGGUAGUUUUUUUUUUUUUUUUUUUUUAUUAUUGUCAUUCGUCAUGCUUUACCAUGCUCCUUUGUUUAAACUGUGUUGUUUAUUAUGUGUCUAAAUAAGAAACUUACCAAAUUAAAAACAAGAAAAACUC